AUGAGCGGCGGCUUCCGACAGGUUGUGGGGGGAGGUCGCGGCGACGAGGGCGAACGCGAGGACGGGAGCAGGCCAGGCAGUGGGGCAGGUGGGGACGGCAGCGGAGGGCCGAGAGGCUGGAGGGCCCAGAGUGAUGAUGCUGGCAGCCAUGCAGCGCGCAGCCGGAUGGGAAACAGCGUCAGAAUCAGCGAUGCUCGCAGCGGCACGCUUAUCGUGAAGGAUGACUCCACGGACGGCAUUGGCGCCAUUGGUGGGGGCGGCAGUGAGCUCGCUGCGGAGGGGGUUGGAGCGGGUCAUGCGGCUGGUGGCGGCAACACCGAGGGACCCCGCAGCGCUGCAGCAGUCGACGGGAAUGUGCCUCCCGGCAGUAGCGGGAGCAGCGGCCAGGGCCCCGGCAGCAGUGCUGGUAACGGCGGAUCCGGGGCUAGCGGCAGUGAAGCCGGGAGAAGGGAGGUGGCGCAUGUCAGCGUUCCCGAGGGCCCCAGCGGUGCGGAUGGUCGGGGCUCCAUCAACGGCGGCAGGCUUCCGGAGGAAGCCACUUCGCCGCCAGUCCCAUCCGCGCUUGAAUCCUCGGAACACGGCACCUCUACUUUCCUGCCGACCGCGCCGCCGUCGGCUCCAGCUUCUCUGAGUCUCAACUACAUCGUUCCCGCUAUCCAAGACGCACUUGGCAAUGCUCCCGCGCCACUCCUCCAGGAGAAGCAGCAGCGCCUGAGUGCGGCCCUGAAGCAGCACGCAGCGAUGAUGGCUAACAGGGACGGCCCCCCGCGGAUGCUGCCUGCAACUUCUGGUCCGGAGCCCCAGAAGCUGUCUCGUUGGUGCACUGCAUCCCGCGAGGAUGGUCCCCCCGAUUACCACCUGGUUAUCCUGGCAUCUCCACGGGCACAGCAGGGCCGGUACCUGGCCACCACCCUAGUCAGCAUCGCCGCAGCUGAUGCACAACCCGCAUCUGUAACGGUGCUGUGGGCCGUUCAUCAGAGCGCUGUGGCAAGCAAUCGCAACCGCAGGGGCACAGAAAGCCGCAGGCUGGCAGCUAGCACCGGCAGUAGCGGUGAAAAGACUAGCCGCAGCAGCAGCAGCAACAGCAGCAGUACGGGGGGGAUAGAGGCGCUUAAAGCCGCCAUCGCUAACGGCCUGGCGAUGGCUGACCCAGCGGCGAGUGAUGUUAGCGGUGACAGCCGCAGCGGCAAGGCGAAUGCGAGCGGCGAUGGCGACGGUCGCCUUGAGGUGCAGCUGGUGCAGAGGCUGGAGAUGCCACCACCCGCCAGGAAAGACCCGCCGCAAGCAGCCGCCGGCGAUGCCUUCAGCCUUUUGGAUGUCUUGGAGACGUAUGCGGAUGACAUUGCAAUGUUAUCGAGCGGAGCAUUUGGCGGCGGCAGCAGCAGCGGAGGUGACGGCAUCCAAGGAGGAGGCAAUGCGGCGGAUGGGCGCGGCGGAACCGAGAGUCCGACAGCGGAAGCUGCCGCAGUGGCAGGCGCAACUCCGCCCCUCCGGCGUCCCGCCUUUCCCCACCUGCGCAUCCGCUAUCUGCCCGAGCAUGUAAAACGCGGGGACGUCUUGGCCAAUUACUAUGAAGCGCUGCGGGUGCCAGACCAGGUGGCGGAAGAUGCGGGGAACCCCCGGCUGCGGGAGCUGCCGCUCCUGAUACUCGAGGGUGAUGUGGUACUGGCGCCCCGCUUUGGCGACCGUGUGGGCUGUCUGUUGCGAAUGAUGCAGGACCUGGGGAGAGAGCCCACUGCCGCCGACGCGAGCGCUGGCGACGGCAACAGUACUCCCGCGGCCACCGCUGCAGGCAACGUGAUUUCUGACUUCGCCGUCAGCUUGUAUGACCCGGGGAUGGUUCCCCAGGAGGUUCCUAAGGUGCUGCAGAUCUACCGCUCUGCACCGGUGCCCGUGGACGAGGUCCAGGAGUUUGAGGAAGAUGGGCUAUCAAGUGGCGGCGAAGGGCGUGGGGGGUCACCACGCAGGCGGAUGCAGGCGCAGCGGAGCAGCGGCGGCAGCACGGAGAAAGCAGCGGCCGGGGCUGCCGAGCCGCCUACCCCGGAGGGCUCCAUCGGCGAGGCCCGCAGCAGCGACGGCAGCGGGGACAUUGUGGAUGCUGGAGGCUACGCAGGCAAUGGAGCUAAGGCAGCGGUUGGCUAUUCUGCUGGCGGCAGUGGCGACGGGGUCGGCGGGGACGGGGCUGCCGACGAUGGCGACGCGAACUCAACCAGCACAUCUAGUGGAGGACGAGGAGGCGGAGGCGUGCACGCCUUCACUCGCUUAACGCUGGUGCCGCGCGUGUGGUCGUGGGGCUCCCAGGGCCUGCUGUACUCGUACGGCAUCCGUAUGGGCCUGAUGCGGCACUACCGAGAGCUCCUGGCGGGAUGCGCGCCGCAAGACGGGCUGCAGGACAUUGAGCUGGUUCGCUACAUGGAGGGGCGCCGCUGCUUUGGCCUGCCCUGGAUGCCGCCCGUAAAGGCCAAACCCAAGGUCCACGGGUCUGCAUGCGACCCGCGGAUUAUCCAUGGCAGCGACAUCCCCACCAUGCCGCCCUCCUCCUUCGUGCCCUGCUAUUUGUUCGUGGUGCGGCCCAACCUGGUUCAGCAUGUGGGCGCCUCCAGUGCGCUGUUUGGGGAGUUGUCGACGCGCUUCCACAUGUCCACCACAUUUCCGCGGCGAGUGGAAAUACCCGGCCUGGACCCACAGGGGGUGUGGUGA